GUGUAUUUUAAAGGUUUGUAGAUUAAUAUACAAAACCUAUUAAGAAUGAUACUUCAGAUCAUUUGGCUCACGGUGGUUUUGCUUGCAAUUGAUGCUGCUCCACGCAACCAUAAAAUCGUCAACGGAACGGAUGCAUCCAUAAAGGAUUACCCAUUUAUGAUUUCAUUGCGUAAUUCACACGGGGGACAUACCUGUGGUGGAAGUAUACUGACAAAUCAUUGGAUUCUCACCGCAGCCCAUUGCGUGCACGAAACUAUGACUCCGGAUCUUUCAACGGUUCAAGUCGGCCAAACGGAGAUAUCCAGACCAGUAGACGAAACCGUUUACGAUAUUGAACUAGUUGUCAUACAUCCUGGAUAUGAUCCGUUCAACAGUUUCGUGAAUGAUAUUGCAGUGUUCAAGUUGAAACGUCCUUUACUGUUUGGGGAAUCAGUUCAACCAGUUCAUCUGCCUCGACCAUGCUUUGAGGUACCGGAAUCGGUUCCAGCAGUUACACUGAUUGGGUGGGGCUUAAAUGAAGAUGAAGUUGCUCCAACCAUACUGCAACGGGUGGAUUAUUACGUUGUACCGAAUACAGUGUGCGAUCAAAUUCAUGACAGUACCAUUUUCCCGGAACAAAUCUGUGCAGCCUAUCCGGGUGGCGGGAAAGGACAGUGCAAUGGUGAUUCUGGAGGCCCACUGCUACACAAUGGUGUUCAAGUAGGAAUCGUCUCGUGGAGUAUUAAACCUUGCACUAUUGCACCGUAUCCUGGUAUUCUGACCAAAGUAUCACAUUUCAUCGAUUUUAUUUAUCAACACACUGAUUUUGUUACGCCAUAUGUUCACGUUCCAGAAUGUUCUUAA